CAUUACCAAACGCGUGCCUCUUCUUUCGAACCCUUUCCCAAAUCCUAAGAGCUGCAUCUUAUUGGAUUCCUUCUUCGUCGGACCGCCGACUCCACCGCGAUCUUACCUCUUGCCGGACCUCCGUCGACUCCACCGCAGUGUGUAAAUUGUUUCAGCUAUCAGUCUUGGAGAGCAUGGACACCCAGAAAAUCCAACCAGAAAAGCAGUCCUCUUCCGCAGCAACUACUCCGGUUGUUUCUUCUUGUCGAAAGAAGAAGAAUGAAGAAGCUGCUUUCUUGGAAGAUUUGAAGGAACACAUUGACGAGUUUUUAAGUGCUUCUGUGGAUGAACACAAAAGUUGCUUUAAGAAAACAAUUCAAAAGAUGUUUGGUUUGUCAAAGGCUGUUACAGAAGGGCACUCCAAUGCUUCCAAAGAAGUAGAAAGUUCUCUACCUCUUAGGACAACUGUACAGGACUAGAUUUUAACUGAGGCAUGUUGCUAUAAUACCACCCUAUAUAUAUUUUUAUUAGGAUUUCAAUAAAUAGAUAAAAACUGUUUGUAACAAAAUUUUGUUUGUGAAACUCCAUUCAUUCAUGGGUUAUUUUUAUGAGUAAUUUGUUUAACCAAA